AUUUAAAGAAGCAUUACCUUCACAAAUUCAAGUGUGUAUAUACAAGUGAUGAAUUGUAUAUUUGACAAGGCAUAUAGUCGACUCCAAUGUUGACUGUCGAUACUAGCAGUUAUGAAUUACUUGAAAUAAUUUGACUCACCGAAAAUUUGUUGUUAUAUAUCACGAAUAUUUCUCAUAUCAGACAUCUUUUCUGCCCGCAAAUGGCGGCUGUGUUGCAGUGCAUUGUGGGAUGACCUCAUUUCCUGUAUUUAGUUCGAAAGAGAAAAUGGCAGCGUCCAGCGCAGGCAUGGAUCUGGAGGAGACACGAAGACGACGUAAACAUGGAAUGUUGAAAUUAUAUUAUGGGAUGGAUGAUGAUACAGGGCAAACCAAUGUGGACCCUUGUGAUAUCAAUGGGGCUCACUUCAAACCUGAGUUUUACCUCAAUAAGCUGAUAAAAGAGAAGAGAUUAACUGAGUUAAUGGGAAGAGAAAGUGAUAUGGUUAAACAGAUAAAGUCAUUGGACAGUGACAUGCAGACAUUGGUUUAUGAAAAUUACAAUAAAUUUAUAAGUGCUACAGAUACAAUCAGAAAGAUGAAAAAUGAUUUUAAGAAGAUGGAAUAUGAGAUGGAUGGUCUUGUGAGCAACAUGACUAAGAUUACAUCAUUUAGUGCCAGUAUAAGUAAUACACUGCAGGACAGAAGACAACAAAUCAACAAGCUUAGUGGUGUACAUUCCCUGCUAAAGAAG